AUGCAUUUCCCUUUAACAAAGAUGUAAGACGUCUCCCGUUUGCUUCCAGGAUAUCUGCUUGUCUUCCCUACAGUGUUUGCUGUAUCCAUGGCAACCGAGCUCCAUUUCCCCUCCACUGCCUAUGCCAUUACAGGGUCAGGUAAAUACACAGUACAUCUGUCUGUUUGACUAGCUAACCUUACUCUAACUCUGAGGCUCCAGAUUUCCCUGGUUGAGUUUGUUUGACACCGGUUGAAGUAUGAACCGGACUAAAGUCAUGGCACAGGAUAAAUGGGCUCUGCCAGGAUGGAGGAUAGAGCAGAAGUAUGGAAAUAAAGUGCUGGUGGGCAACUGGGCUGAAGAAAGACUUCAGUUCACUCAGAAGCCAAUGAUAGCCAACAGCACCAGUUGCACAGACUAUGGGCCCCACUGUGACUUCAAGCCAGACGUCUCUGAGAGAAGAUCUGCCCUGCUGAGAGCUGAGGGGCUUCCAUCCAAGAUGCUGUUCGCCCACUCUGACCUGCCAUCUUCACAUUACUUGGUCACACAGUAUGGAGAAAGUUAUGGGCAUAAGAGCUCAAAUUCUCUGCCUACUCUGCGACCCUGGCACCCAGACAACUUCACAUGGCAAGCUGAGAGGUCUGACCGACCAACUUCUGCCUUUCCAACCAACUUUGGCCCACCACGGUCCACAAAUCACCAUUUCGAUAAGCAGCAGUCACACCUCCCAUCUCUGACUGUGUACAGGUCAGAAUACCAGAGACACCCACUUAGUGCCUUCUGCCAGACACGCUGUGCCAGGACUUCGCACGUGCUCUCCAGUCACCUCUACGCAGCCAAUCACAACAACAAGGACCUGGAUCUGAGACAGCGCUCGCUCCUACAAGUCCCAGACCAUUCUUUCAGUCCAUUUUCACCAUCGCAACAGACUUUGAGACAGAACCGUGACUCUUAA